AUGUUCAUAGUUGGAUUGUUUAUUCUAAUAUGGAUUACGAACGGCGAGAAUUCUUAUUGUUCAUGUGACAAUGGAUUAGAAAAUGGAUUGUAUUGUUUUUAGACAAUUUUAAAUUGUUUAGAUUGUGGAAAUUAUAUUGUUGGUGAAAAGGACAUCUGUACAAGUGCAGCAACUUGUGAUUAAACAAUAUAAUAAUAGAGAGAUUGUAAAGGAUGUGUUGAUAAUUAUUUGUUGUCAAAUGGAAAAUGUUGGUUGAAAAUAUUAUAUUGUUCAAUUUAAGUGGAUGCUUUAUGUUCUAAAUGCUAAGAUAAAUAUAUAUUAAAAAACUAAGAUGAUAAAACUCAGAUUUGUAUCAACACUAAUGAGAUUUAGAAUUGCAAAUAUUAUUUUUAAACUGGAAAAUGUAAUAAAUGUGAGAACAAUUAUCAUGUAUCUGUAAAUGGAACUCUUUGCUACUAAGAUAUUAAGUAAUGUGAGAUACAUUAAGAUGAUAAAUGUUCAACAUGUAUUACUGGAUAUGCAAAACAUACAAACUCUACAUUUUGUUUCCCUGAAAUUUUAAACUGUUAAGUUGGAUCAACCUUUUAUAUAGAUGAAACAUAAAAGACAUAUUGCGGCAAAUGCAAUGAUGGUUAUUAAUCUACUGAAAAUAAAUUAUGUUCAUUAGAUGAUAAGAAUUGUCUCUUAUUUAAUUAAGAUUUGACAGUAUGUUUAAAAUGCAUUAGUGAUUACAUAUUAAUUGGUAAAAAAUGUGAAAACUGUCCAAUCAAAUAUUGUAGUACUUGUGGAGACUCAUAAAUCUUUAAGAAAAUAUGUUCUCAAUGUCAAACAGGUUAUGUCAAAGGAUCUAAUGCUUUAUCUUGUGUUGGUUAAUGCGAAAGUUAAACAGCUUUGAUGACAAAUUGUGUUACUUGUUCAAAUUCAACAUGCACAAAGUGUUCAGAUGGCUACUUCAUUAAUCCCUAAGGGAAAUGUACUGCUUGUUCUGCUAAAUAUGCAAGUUGUGAAUAAUGCAUUAUAAAUAAAUGUACAAGUUGUACAAAUAAUUAUUAUUAUGAUAAUAGUAAAUAGUAUUGCUAUUUAUGUUCUGGUUUUAAUAUCGGCUGUUAAACUUGUUUAAACACAAUGUCAGCAGGAACAACUAAUAAUAUAAUAUGUUAAAAAUGUGAAGCUGGAUAUGUAUUAACUAGCACGUAAUAAUGUAUGAAGUGUGGUUCUUUAUUUGAAAACUGUGAUACUUGUAUUAAUUUAGGAAGUAGUUUUUAAUGCAACACUUGUUUGCCAGGGUUCUUGAAAUUGACUGAUAAUUCAUUAGGUUCGUCAAAUCCUACCUAUUAUUGUUUAGAUUGCUCUGGAUCUAUUAUUAAUUUAUAGAAUUGUUAUAAAUGCGAAUUAUAAUCUGAUACUUCAACAACCAAUCAAUAUACUUGCAAAUAAUGCAAGGAUGGUUAUUAUUUAGAGGAAUAGAAUUGUCUUUAGUGUCCAGUUACUUGUACUCAGUGUACUGCCCUGAAUACUUGUACAAAAUGUCAAAGUUCAUUAAUCCUAUAUAAUGGUUAAUGCACAUCAGAGACAUCUGGGUUUUAAUUGACAUCUGCAACUAAUUCGAAUGAUGCAUUGGCUUAUGGCAACAUCCUUGUUUCUACCUCAAGUCUUGGACCUUAUCCAUUUAUAGGUACUCUUAAUUCCAAAGGCUUUUUCUGUCAGAGUGAUAAAUAAUGCAAUAUGUAUGGUAGAUGUCUAUUGAUAUCUUGUAAAUGUAUUUAGAAUAUAUCAGGAAGUCGAUGUUAAUUCACAACUACAUCUGAUUUCAUUAAAUUACAAACUGAAUUACUGACUUAUUUGAAUACCCAAACUAUAUUUGAUCCAAACUAUGUCGAAAUAAUUCAAUUGAUAUCAGAUACUACUUAUGCAGUCACAGAAAGCAAUAUUAAAUAAUUCUAAUAAGCUCUUGAUAAAUAAAUCGCCUUAAAUUUUGAUGUAAAAUACUUUACUGCUAUUGGAGCUAUCUCUAAAAACUUAUAUUAAUAGGAAAACAUUGCAGCUCAGAAAUUAACUAAUCUGGAUAAUUCAUUAUUUAAUGCAAUAUUAAAAUAAUCUGAAGAUAUUAUGAUUUCAGAAAUUUAAAAUACUGCAGGACCUUUUCAUAAAUAAGUGAUAGGAAAAUUUGAUUUAUUUAGUGAUGACUCAUAUUCUGCAUUUAAAUAUAAUUUUGUUAAAUCAUAUGGUACUUGUGAUAAUGAUAAAAAAUUAUUAAGUCCAUAAAUUUAUUUGACAGAGGAGAACCUUGCAGAAAUUAAAAUUCUGUAAUCAGAUGCACAAACUCCUUUAAUUUUCAACUAAAUGCAUCUUUACUAUUAAAAUCAUAGAUCUUCUGGUUAAACUAUUAAUUCAACUAUUUCUAGAAUACAAAUAAUAAAAUCUGGAAAAAUAUUGCCAGUAACUGGAAUGAAUAUGGUUAUUGUUGUUCCAAAAAGUGAUUAAUAUUAUGCAGAUCUUAAUGAGAAUAAUGUUUGUGUACAAUGGAAUGAAGAUAAAUAAAUCUGGGAAAAUACUAAGGCCACGUUAUUAAAAUGUAAGUAUUACACAAUUUGUUAAGUAAAUACUUUAGGGGAUUUUGGUACUUAUGUUUAAAUAGUUAAAAAUGUAACUACCAAUUCAUCUGGUUUGUCAAGCAUUUUCGAAAUACCAUAAGGAUUCAAAUUUGUUAAAACUGUCUAAAAUAGUGCUUUUGCCAUUUCAAUGACUUUAAUUGGGUUGUUUUUAUCUUUUCUUACUUUGCUAUGCAUUUUAUACAAGAGACCAAUCAAAAAAAAAAAGUCAAAGAAAUUCUCUGAUAUCUAUGAGACAGUGCAAACUGGAAAUAAUUUGGUUUAGAAUCCAAUGAGUUAAGUCAAAAAUAAGAAGAAAUCAAGAAAUUUUUGGAGUGUUUAUCCUAUAAAUGCCAUUUUUACAGCCUCUUCUCUAGAAUUCUCUUUAUAAAAGUUAUCGCUCUAUAUAAUCUAAAUUUAGAUGUAUGUGACAUUUACAUCUGUAUAUUUAUCAUCAUUGCCAUUCAAAUUUGGAAUGCUUACUGCAUAUUAUUUGUUAGUAAUCAUAUAAACUUGGAUAUGCAAUUAUUUAUAUGGAGGCUUAGCAUUAGCAUUUAGAAAGAAAAGAAAAGGCAAAGUGUUAGGCUUUUAUUGGAUAUUAUGGGUAAUCUUAUUUUUUGGGAAUAUGAUAAUUGGAAUUUGGUAAAUGUACGGAUUGGAAUUUAAAUUUGAUAUGUAUUUGUUGGUUGGUGUUUUAAUAGAAUUUAUCUUAGAUUCAAUAUUUUGUGAUUUAUUUUUAACAUACUUAUAUUAGAGCUUAUUUAUAGAUGAAGUGGUAGGAAUAUUCAAGAUAAUAAAAUUUAAGGGAUAUUAUGAAUAAUGA